AUCUGAAGUGAAGAGAUUCAAUUAUUUAUUUUAUUGUGAAAUUUUGCGGAAAUCUAUAUAUAUUGAUUAAAAUUUAGUUUAACUAUUAAAAAUUUUAAUUGUAGAUGAAUCAGGACAAUUUCAAAAUUUUAGAAAACAAUUUAAAGUUUUAACUUGACUUGUUAACAUAACUUGUUACGUGAAAAAAUCCAGUUGCAUAAUUAUCUAUGUAAUUUGCAUGACAAUUUUCUAGAAAAACUUUCGAGAAAACUUAAUUUUAUGAAUUCAUCUCCUGUAAAAAUUUGUCUGUGCUGAAAUAAAUCAAGCAAGUGAUGUCUAUUUCAUGUUGAGUUUAACUACGUGUAAUGUAUAUUCAUAUGUUUUUAUGAAGUAUUCUGAUUGGUGAGCUUUCUUUUCCAAAUUCUUACUGAAUCCUCUUGGUAAAAUCUUUAAAUACAUGCUUAUGGUGCUGUUGUCUACAUCUUUUAUUUUUUUAUAGAGCUUAAAGGCAAUGUCUACUGCUAACUCAGAUAUUGAACUUGAUGAUGAAAGUGAUGAUGGUGGAUAUGGAUAUUAUGAUUACUACAACAAUUCUGAAGACACUGAAAUGGAACCAACCGAUCCUUUUAAGAACGAUCCUGAACAUUUUGAAUUUAAGUGUCUUUAUAAGGAAGAUGUAGAAAGACUCUUUAAUGAAUGUGUCGAAAAUCUUUGUGCCAAUUUACCAGUAAAACCAUCAUUAGCAAAAUUACUUUUACACACUCAUAAUUGGACCACUGGAGAUUUAAUUACAAGUUAUCGAAGUGAUGCCUCAAAACUUUUAGUUGAUUCUAGAAUUAAACCAUCCAAACCCCCAGAAACUGAAUUUCAGGUUGUACGUAGCUCAAAAUCUCUUUCAUGUUCUAUAUGUCUUUUAAAUUACUCGGGAGAAUUUUUUCGUGCAUUAGCUUGUGGUCACUACUUUUGCAAAGACUGUUGGUUCACUCAUUUUGAAAUACAGAUUACUCAAGGCAUAACUACUGCAAUGGAAUGUAUGGGUCAGGGAUGUACUCUUCUUGUUCCAGAAGACUUUGUACUUAGCAUAUUAAAUAAGUCUUCCCUAAGAGAAAAAUAUCAACAAUUUUCCUUUUCAGAUUAUGUAAAAAGCCAUCCUUCACUACGGUUUUGCCCUGGUACAAAUUGCAAUGUUAUUGUUUUUGCUAAAGAUUACCAAUCAAAGCGUGUCACAUGUAAACAAUGUAAAACAACAUUUUGUUUUAAAUGUGGCUCAGAGUAUCAUGCACCUACAGAUUGUGAAACUAUCAAGAAAUGGUUAACAAAGUGUGCUGAUGAUUCUGAAACAGCAAAUUACAUUUCUGCUCACACAAAAGAUUGCCCAAAAUGUAGUAUAUGUAUAGAGAAGAAUGGAGGAUGCAAUCAUAUGCAAUGUUAUAGUUGUAAAGCUGACUUCUGCUGGAUGUGUUUAGGAGAUUGGAAUGCUCAUGGUAGUGAAUAUUAUGAAUGCAGUAGGUAUAAAGAAAAUCCAAACAUAGCUAACGAAUCUGCUCAUGCUCAAGCUAGAGAAGCUCUAAAGAAAUAUCUUUUCUAUUUUGAAAGAUGGGAAAAUCAUGCUAGAAGUCUACGACUUGAAGAACAUACUUUACAAAAAAUUAAAGAUAGAAUAAAUGACAAAGUAAUGGCCAAUGAAGGAACAUGGAUUGACUGGCAAUAUUUAAGAAAUGCUGCUUCAUUGUUAGCUAAAUGUCGCUAUACACUGCAGUAUACUUACCCAUAUGCAUAUUACAUGGAAGUUGGUCCCAGAAAAGAAUUGUUUGAAUAUCAACAAGCCCAAUUAGAAGCAGAAAUUGAAAACUUGUCUUGGAAAGUAGAAAGGGCUGAAACAACGGACAGAGGUGAUUUAGAAAACCAAAUGGAUGUUGCUGAAAAACGACGAACGACUCUACUAAAAGAUUUCUUGGCUGUUUGACAAUUCGUUUUCUGCAAUUGAGGACUAAAGUAAUUUGUAAUAUUUCACUCCAUGACCACUCAGGCUAAAGGAAUGAAUUUUUCUCCUGUAAAUAACAAGAUUGAAAUUAGCAAUUCAAAUAAAUUGAAUAUUCUUUUUAA